AUGCCUCGACCAAAUAAAAGAAAAGCUGCACAUAAACAAGUGUCUCGAGAUAAGAGAGGCAAAUUUAUUAAAGAAGAUAAACUCAACAUGAUGGAUACAGAAUCAAGCACAUUCGAAUUAAUGGAGAUAGAAUUGAGUAAUGAUUUAUCAGGUGAAAAUUUUUGGGAAAACAAUGAGGUAAGUGAUUGGGGAAGUGAUGUUGAUUCAGCGACAGAACAAGAUAUUCAGGACAGGCUUUCAAAGGAUAAUCUUUGGUUGAAGUGGAAAGCGGAUGCAAGUUUAGAGAAAAGUAGACAUGAUCCUUAUAACAUAGGGAACCCACCAAAAUCGACAUAUUAUGAUAAAUGGGGACCAAGUGUACAAGAUGUUUCAUCAGAUGAGGAGUUUGCAUUGCCAUCGAAGAAUAAUGCUAUAAGUUUAAAAAAAGAUUUAGAGGAAAUUUUCAAUAGAAUGUCAGCACCAGA